AUGGCUCCUUCAAUCAUGCCAGGGGCACCCGGUGAUGUGGUCUUGCAGGCAAAUCUCCAAUCUCAAGUAACGCAUGAAGUCUACCACCAAUUCCGUAAUAGAAUCGAGCAGGGUCUUUCGUUUACUCAUGACCUACUCGCAAUUACUUGCAAAAAACCAAUGAUCACAAAUGGAAGAGUAGAAAAUCCUAAAGAAAUCUACAAUGAGGGUGAAAAACUACCUUUCAAAUGCAAUAAAAAAUAUAAACCAUACAGGAGUGAAGACGUGAUUUGCAAUGCAAAUGGUUGGAGUCCUGAGCCUUUAUGUGAAGACGUAAGCUGCUAUCCUGACUAUGUGGCAAAUGGUAAAGUAGAGAAGACUAAGGAAAUAUACAAGGAGGGUGACACCAUGGUUUUAAACUGUAAUUAUGGAUACCAAAUUGAAUUCUCUCCAAACGAACCUCGAAAAUGCACAGCAAAUGGCUGGUUUCCUCCUCUAAAGUGCAUCAGUCAAACAUGUAUCCGUCCAGAGAUUGCAGAUGGACAGUUAUAUUACUAUUAUUAUUUUCCAAAGCAAUUAGGAACAUAUAUCGAUUAUCGGUGUAAUUAUGGAUUUCUGCCACAGGGCAGAAAUUACUAUGGCAGAUCCUUUUGUACUGAAAAUGGAUGGAAUCCUAAACCCAAAUGUACAAAGACAUGCAGCAGGUACAAUGCACAAGUGGAAAAUGGAGAGCUUCAAAAUUCAGAUGAUUAUUACUUAGUUGGAGAGAAAGUACAGUUCUCCUGUAGACAAAGUUAUCUCACUAAAGACAAACAAAAAAAUGGGGAGAGAGAAUGCCUGCCCAAUGGCAAGUUUACUGAAGAUCAGUGCUCCAAAUUCUGUGAUGUUACUCAGUUACCCGUUGGAAAGUAUGAACCAGAUAAAAAAAUCUUUGUGGUUGGAGAAACUCUGCUAUUUGAAUGCAACAACGGAUUUGUGAUUGCAAGGGGAAAAAUCUCAACAAAUAUUGAAUGUCUUCAAACAGGAUGGUCAACCUUCCCACAAUGCUUCGACGCCAAAUGUGUGGUAAAAGGUAAUAAUCUGAUAUCUCAGAGAAGAGACUAUAAGAUUGGUGAAGUCGCGCAGAUUUCAUGCCCACCUGACUACACAUUGAAAGGAUCAGAACUCAUCCAGUGCUAUAACUACGGAUGGGGACCAGAGCUGCCGAAAUGUGAAGAAGCCAAAUGUGUGGUAAAAGGUAAUAAUCUGAUAUCUCAGAGAAGAGACUAUAAGAUUGGUGAAGUCGCGCAGAUUUCAUGCCCACCUGACUACACAUUGAAAGGAUCAGAACUCAUCCAGUGCUAUAACUACGGAUGGGGACCAGAGCUGCCGAAAUGUGAAG